AUGCGACCGCUGCCUCCACCGCCCUUCCUCGACGCAGCAGAAGACGCCGGAUUCGACUUCGAUGCCGCGGCGCAAGCAUUCGCCAUCGAUCUCGACGGCACGCAGGCACCCGGCGGCCUUUCUGGCCUCGACUUUGACGAGCUCGCGCGCGAGUGCGGCCUCGAGGUCGAGGAUGCCGUUCCGUCGGUCUCCCCGCUCGGGCUCGACACUGGCCAAGAGAUGGCGCCAGCCUCUCCGUACUCGCUAGAGGUGCCGCCGCGAGUUGCCAAGCCUCCACUGCAAUUGGAUCCGUGGCGACCGUCAGAGGGUUUGCUCCAGGCACCGGCCACCAGCUGGAGGCUGGGCCUAGACUUUCGCGACGCGCAAAGAGGGCAGAAUCCUGAAGAGCAUGCGCAAGACGUGGUGCCGCCGCAAUCUGAUGUCGAGCCGACGUUCAGCCAGUUCAAGACGCCGGGCUCCACCGCGUCGAGGAUCACAGCCUCGUCAGUCUCUGCUCCUUCCGCCAUCCAAGCUCGCCGUGUCCCGCAGACGCCCGAAGUGGCGGGCGUGCGCCUCUUUCCCGUAUCGGCCUUACCGGACAGCAUACUGCACAGCGACCAGCACAUUGUCGUUUCGGCGCCGACAGGCUCAGGCAAGACCGUCAUCUUUGAGCUGGCCAUUCUUCGGAUGCUGCAGAGCGGUCCGCCGGAAUCAAAGGCCGUCUAUCUGGCACCCACCAAGGCACUCUGCAGUGAAAAGACCCAGGACUGGACCCGCCGCUUUCAGCACCAGGACUGUCCGGUGGUUGAAUUGACGGGAGACUCGUUUGCCGGGCUGGCGGCGGCGCGCAAGUGUCGGCUGAUUGUCUCGACGCCCGAAAAGUGGGACAGCCUGACGCGGCGCUGGCACGACCACUCCCGCAUCCUCUCGUCGAUCCAGGUGAUGCUGCUCGAUGAGGUGCACAUCCUCAACGAACCGGUCAGAGGGGACAGCUCCAAUUCCGCAGCCAAUCCCCCGGCGGCCAAGACGUUCAAGUUCGGCGAAGAGUUUCGCCCGUGCCCGCUGCAAAAGUUUGUCUACAGCUAUCCACCCGGCAAGGACGAGUUCAGCUUCCAGAACUCGCUCAAUCACAAGCUGUACGAUCUGAUCCUGCGCCAUAGCAGGGGACGCCCGUCGCUCGUCUUCGUCUCGACCAGAAAGGCGACUGCACAGGCGGCCGAGAUCAUCGCCGAACGCUACCGCAAGACUGAAGGCGAGCUCAGGGAUGGGGCUCCGGCCGGCUUGCCAUGGCCGAAGCCUCGGCCCACUUCGCGUGCACCGAAGGCCGCCUUCGCAGAUGCCGCGCUUGACCGCUUGGCGUCGCUAGGGAUCGCCUUCCAUCACGCUGGCCUCUCGUACGAAGACCGCAAGGAGGUCGAGCGACGAUUCCUGUCCGAAGAGAUCCGAGUGCUCUGCAGCACCUCGACGCUGGCCACGGGCGUCAAUCUGCCGGCCUACUGUGUCGUCGUUCGCGGCACCCGCCAGUAUGCGGGCAAUCAGUGGACCGAGCUGGGCGAUCUUGAUGUGAUUCAGAUGAUCGGCCGGGCGGGACGGCCCCAGUUCGAUCGCGACGGCGUCGCCGUCAUCAUGUGCGAGAAUCCCCAACGGCAGCGCUUUGAGGAUCUCGUCGGCGGCGGCCGUGACAUCGAAUCGACGUUGGGAGACGGCCUGAUCGAGCACAUCAACGCCGAGAUCGGACUGGGCAGCACCCGCGACGUCGGUGAGGUGGAGCGGUGGCUCCGGACGACGUUCUACGCGGUCCGCCUGCGUCGCAAGGCGACCGACGCCGGGGAGGUCGACAACCUCAUCUCUCGGGUCUGUGGCGACGCCGUCCGACUCCUUGGCGACCACCGCCUCGUCCAGCGCCAUGGUCCGGACUCGGCACGCCUCGAGGCCACUGAAGCGGGCGCCAUCAUGUCGCGCUACUUUUUGUCGUACGCGACCAUGCUGCGUCUGCUCGAGAUUGAGCCCCGGCCCAGCCUGCCGCGCAUCCUCGAGACGCUGUCGUGCGCCGACGAGUUUAGUGACCUGCGUAUCCGUCAGGUGGAGAAGCCCUUCCUUCAAGCGCUCCGCGUGCUGCCGGAGAUACGCUUCCCUCCCAAGGCCGUUGGCAGCGUCGCCGACAAAGUCUCGAUCCUGAUCCAAACCACGCUGGCUGGCAUCAACAUACAGCCGCACCUCCAGUCAGCCGCCACCUCGGGGGCGACCAGUUUCAGCCCCUUUGCCGAAAUCGGCGCCAUCUUUCGACACGCCCCACGCAUCUGCAAGGCGAUGCUGGACCUCGCCCUCGAUCGAAGCGAUGGCGCCAUGGCCAAGGCGACUUUCGAGCUGCUGCGGUCGCUCUGCGGCAAGGCCUGGGACGCCUCUCCGGCGGUGCUCCGCCAGCUUGAGGGAGUGGGCGAGCGCUCGAUCAAGGCGCUCGCCGCUGGCGGGCUCGGCACGUUGGCCCAGAUUGCCGAUGCGGCGCCUCACGACAUCGAACUGCUGCUCAACCGCAACCCGCCCUUUGGGUCCAAGGUGAUCCAAUCCGCACGCAGCCUUCCGCGCUUCGACCUGAGCGUCGUCGAGUGCCAGAAGGCACAGACGGCAUCGGCACCGGCACCCCUGGACGACGACAUCGACGGCGACGCCGAUAGCCGGCCCUCGGUUGUGGUCAACGUCGCCAUCACCGUCGGGCUGCGAGACUACGCCGCGGUCAGCAAGCGGAGCCGCACCUCUGGUCUGCCCAUCUACGUCUGCGUGUUGACGCUCUCGUCGGACCUAGACCUCUGCAACUUCAGCCGACUUCCCAUCAGCAAGCUGUCCGAACCCCGAAGCCUGACCGUGUCGUGCCGACUGAAUCGACGAGGUCAGAAGGUGGUCGUGCUCGCCGGCAGCGACGAGGUGGCCGGAUCCUUGGUCCGUGCCGAGCUGCGGCCUGAUUUGCCGGACUCUGCCUUUCCCGCGCCUCGCGUCUCGCGUUUUGGCGUCGUCGAUCCAGAUCAGCAGUGGGAGAACGAACAGCUCCUUGAGGGUCUCGACGCCGAUACCGACUUUCGCCUCGACGAUGUAGACCUGUUUGACGAGGGCGGCCGCACAGGUAAAGCUACUUCGACCACGCCGGUGAGGGCCGGAACGAAAAUGUCGGUAGAAUCGGAAGAGCUGCCGGAGCGACUGGCGAAUGGCAACUACCGGUGA